GAGCGGAGCUGUGCCGGCGGAGCCAGCGCAUCCCCGGCUGCGCUCCUCCUGCAUCCCACCUGAGCGCCCUGCGGGCUCUGCUGCCGCUAUUUAAACCAGCUCCGAGCCGGGCUGUGUCGCUUUAAGGCACAUGUGAUGCUCUCCCGAGCAGGGCUGUGCUGAGAUCGGCUCCGGCACAGCAGCAGCAGCAGCAGCGCACGAUCCGCUCCUCCCGUGCGGAGCCGGGGCUCGCCGCUCCUCUGGAAACCGCGGAUCGCCUCCAGACCGCUCCGAAAGGCUCCUGAGCAGAAAGGGGGAUGCCAGGAAAUGAUUUAAAGGUGAAAAUGAGACGGUUUCCACCCCUCAAACCUUGGCCACUUUUCUGACGGCAGUCUGAGAGCUCAGAUGUCUUCUUUACUCUGGAAACAGGAUUUGUAACGAAAAAGAGAUUUUUUUUUUUUUCUACUUUUAAUCCUGAUAAAGAAGAUUAUUGGGAAGCUAUAAAAGAAAUCCCUUAUUGUGGUACAGAUGGAUUUAAAAAAGUAUUAGAUCUUUCCGAUGAACACUACUAGAGUGCUCUGCUCUUGGUUGGAUUACUCAGAGAAUGGCAGUGGUCUCUGCAAUGUCCUGGGUCCUGUAUUUGUGGAUAAGUGCCUGUGCAAUGCUGCUCUGUCAGGGGUCCCUCCAUCACACUUUCCAGCAGCAUCACCUGCACAGACCAGAAGGAGGAACGUGUGAAGUUAUAGCAGCACACAGAUGCUGCAAUAAGAAUCGAAUUGAGGAAAGAUCACAAACAGUAAAAUGCUCCUGUCUACCUGGGAAAGUGGCUGGGACUACAAGAAACAGACCUUCCUGUGUUGAUGCUUCUAUAGUGAUUGGGAAAUGGUGGUGUGAGAUGGAGCCCUGCCUAGAAGGAGAGGAAUGUAAGACAUUGCCUGAUAAUUCUGGAUGGAUGUGUGCAACUGGCAAUAAAAUCAAGACCACCAGAAUCCACCCAAGGACUUAACAGAGCGCCCACGUCUGCACGGAGACAGUGAAAGCCCUGCUGAUUUAUGAGGACAAAGUAUUGAAAGUUUAAAACCAUCUCAGCAUUUACAAGCCAAAUGGAUUUCUUAUUUGCACUUUGACUGUUUACCAGAAAACAACAGUGGCUUUACUGUGUGAAAGAAAGGAUUCGGUGGAAAUAAUGGCCCUGAUUUUUGACAGCUGAAAAUAAAAAAUGAAGAAAGUGGUUCCUUUGGUAAAGUUUCUGAGAUUGCAAAGUACAAGCAACAGUAUAAGUUUGGAUCUACAAUUUACUUUAUACCAGUUAAAGUAUAUAUAUAUAUAGAAAUAUAUAUAUAUUAAUAUAUGAUAUUUUGAAAUAAAAGCCCCUCUCUUCAAGAAAUUGAAUAGUACCACACUUUGCUGCAGCUGCUGUAUUUUUUUUUUUUUUUCCUUUUUUGCAAUGGUCUGGAAGUUCCCUACCUGUUUGAGAGAGAAACGUGGCAGUGAAGAGGCAAAGCAAACCUGCUGUGGUACAAGGACGCCUGAGAGCUACAUGAACCCUGCUGAUGCAGCAUCCAGAGCUUCUUGUUCCCUUCAGCAGAAUUUUGAGGGCAUUUGUUGUUCCACUUUGUGUUCUGGAGGCUUUUCCCCUUGUGCAAUACUAGCAUGCUGGCUUUGCUUCAUUAACCAUACUUGAUUGAUAUAUAACAAUGAUAAUUCUAUCCUCCUCCAAGAAAAUAUUUUUAGAGUUGCUAGAUAUUCCAUGAAGAAGAGAUGGACAACUACUGAGUGAAGUACAGUAUGUAUUAAAAGUUUAUUUGGCAGAGUUUGGUAGAC